AUGGCUUCACAACACAGACGUAACAUCGGUGGCGCCCUUUGGAUUUUGCAGCUUUGGGCUUUUGAGCGUUUGACGCCGUUACGUCCCCGUUACGCUGCGCUUCCCAUCACACAGCAUCUUCCUUUAGGCGACAGAUGGGCGGGCCCUAGGGAGCGUCGGGUCCGAGGGGCCCCCAGACACGAUUUGUCUUACUUUAGACUCUUGCUUGACAGGCUGCGUUACGGUGAUAUUGUUUGGCAGCCAUACACCGACGAUCUCCUCAGAUCCAUACCCUCCCAGUACCUUGCGGGUUCAGAAGUUUGGCGUGCUCGGGUACCCUUGAUUUACUACAACAUUGUGGAGUGGCACCAGCCAGAUAGAGUAUUGCAGCAGUUUGGGCUUAUUCAGCCUAUCCCUCUGGCCCCAGUGCAAGAUCACCGCCUCCAUUCCCUCCUUUACAAGAGCAGCAACAACUACAUGGAGAUCCUCGGGUAUUACGUACUGAUUUGGCUCCACAGGGAGUCACAUGUCGUUGGCGGUUACCGUUUUGAGCGUCCACCACACUACCAUUCCCAGUACAUGGAGUGGUAUCGGAGACACACCCGGAGGUGGAUUACCUGGCAGGGUGCAGCUGACGGUUCGAGUCGUGAUCUGGCGGAGAUGGUCCACGUCCGGAGAUCUAGCCGUGACUCCAUAAUUGGGUCCGCUGCACGCAGUUCACAAAUGGCGUACAUGGAGGAUCGUCGGGAUGUCACUCUUCCACCGCCUGAGCCAGCAGUCCCGGCAUUUGUACUGCCUUUUGAAGUUAAAGAUGUUAAAAUAAGAAAUACAAGAGAUACAAGGAUGGAUUAUAACGAGACGCAUAGUGAGAAACUCACUAAAAGGAGAAAUGGAUAUCAAGAGAAGAUUGAUGUCACGAGAUUGUAUAGUGCCAAAUAUGGCAACAAGGAUUUGAAUACAGUAAUGAUCAUAAGAAUCAACAUUCCUCAAAAGUCGUAA